AGCUAGGUGUCCCAUGUCUGUUAUGAAAUGGAUUGAAUCUGGAUUACAGCCCGAGCAUAUACUGCUGUUCUCAGUUUCGUAGCUAGCUAGCUGGCUCGGUGUCUCUCUUCGCUUAGAGCAUCUGGGGAGGUUUGUUGGACUAAAGCGUACAAUUCGUUUAGAGGUCGUGCGAACCGAGCCCCGUGGCUAAGCUAGCUGGCUAGCGAGGUGUCCUGCCUGGAGAGGGUAAAGUUACUCUCUCGGUCUCUCUGCACUGCAGCUCAGUGUUGCUGCUGGAAUCCAAGCCCGUAACAAUGGCGACUCACAGCCCCAGCACCAACUCAACCUCCUCCUCCAGCCACAACAGCAAUAACGCAGGAUCUACAGCUCUGCCACACCACCACCAAACCCAGUCUCAACACAUAACCACCAUGAGCAGCACGCAGGAAACGAACACAUGUUGGAGGUGUCAGAACGAAACAGGCAAACGCAAAGCACUGAAGUUAAAUUUCGCCAAUCCACCGAUUAAGCCCACUGCCAGGUUCACCCUGAACACAGCCGGUCCUCCUUUCCAGAACCCACACAUAGAGAGGCUGCGGACACACAGUCUCGAGUCAUCAGGGAAGUUGAAGAUUUCGCCAGAGCAGCACUGGGACUUCACAGCCGAGGACCUGAAGGACCUGGGUGAGAUCGGACGGGGUGCCUAUGGCUCCGUUAACAAGAUGGUGCAUAAGCCCAGCGGUCAGAUCAUGGCAGUCAAGAGGAUCCGGUCAACGGUAGAUGAGAAGGAACAGAAGCAGCUGUUGAUGGACCUGGAUGUAGUGAUGAGGAGCAGUGACUGCCCGUACAUUGUCCAGUUCUACGGUGCCCUCUUCAGGGAGGGAGACUGUUGGAUAUGUAUGGAGCUCAUGUCUACCUCGUUCGACAAAUUCUACAAAUAUGUAUAUUGUGCAUUAGACGAUGUGAUUCCAGAGGAAAUAUUAGGCAAAAUAACUUUAGCUACUGUGAAAGCACUUAACCACUUAAAAGAAAACUUGAAAAUAAUUCACCGAGAUAUCAAGCCUUCCAACAUUCUUCUGGACAGGAAGGGCAACAUUAAGCUCUGUGAUUUUGGCAUCAGCGGCCAACUCGUAGACUCCAUUGCCAAGACACGAGACGCUGGCUGCCGACCCUACAUGGCACCAGAGAGAAUAGACCCCAGUGCUUCCAGGCAAGGCUAUGAUGUCCGAUCUGAUGUGUGGAGUCUGGGGAUCACGCUGUUCGAGCUGGCCACAGGGCGGUUCCCCUACCCAAAGUGGAACAGUGUCUUCGACCAGCUGACGCAGGUGGUGAAGGGAGACCCUCCACAGCUCAGCAAUUCGGAGGAGCGGCAGUUCUCACCUAAAUUCAUCACCUUCGUCAACCUGUGCCUUACAAAGGAUGAAUCUAAAAGGCCAAAGUACAAAGAGCUGCUGAAACACCCCUUCAUCCUGAUGUACGAGGAGCGCUUGGUGGAUGUGGCCAGCUAUGUGUGCCGGAUCCUGGAUCAGAUGCCCUCAUCCCCCAGCUCUCCCAUGUACGUGGACUGAGUGCGCGCUGGAGGCGCGUCCCAGGAAGGGCUUGGGGGGAAGAAAUGAAAAACAAACAAAUGAAAAAGAAAAAAAAAACUAUGGUAUAAGAAUCUGCUUCAUCAUGCAUCACAGUGUUUGAGGUCGAACUAAACCCUGCAGUCGAAAUGGCCUUCUUUCUUUCAUAAAUGCAAUUCUAAAGGUAUUUUUAGAAACCAAGGAGGAACAAUUUGUCAAUCCUUGAUCUAGUUUACUUUAGGCAAAUGUCUAUAAAACUGUCAUAAUGGAGGAUUGUAUUGGGGAGAAAGUGGGAGGUAUGAAUCCAGAUAUCAAGGAAACCUGUUGUGAUGUUCAAAACUGUCAAGCCAGCUGGCCAGCUAGUGGUUUUGAUUGCACUGUGGUUUAGCUGCAAAGAAAAAUGGUAUUUAUGUCUUUUAUAUUUAGCUCACCAUGUUGCUAGCUAUGAUGCCAGCAGAUUGCAGAAAUUUGAGAUGUCAUUUUGGUUUUGCAGUGCUAGCUUUCAGGUUAAGCUCUGUUUGUAGUACACAAGUUUGCUAGCUAGUUUGCUAGCUAGUUAGCUAGCUAGCUGUCUAAGGUAAUGAUAGCUGGGUAGCUCAUACUGCAAGCAAAUACCACAGCAAAUAUGUAUUUUAUAUUGUUCAGGCAGACCUAGUGUCAUAUGGAAGUGAAUGUUAGUUGACUUGAUCUUGCAAAAGAAAAAAUGUUUUUGUUGUGGGUUUUUGUUAUCUUUGCCCUUGGUUAGUGUAGUUUAGUCAACAGGACAUCUUUUUAGUCACCAUUACAUCACUUUCUUUAUUCAACAUGAUGAGCUCAGUCAUCUCUGAUUUUAUUCAUUAUUUAUGUAAAAUAAAUUAGAAACAGGAUUUCAUAAAGUGUGUCUUUAUGAGAAAUGCUUUUUGAAUUGUGUUUAUGGCAGAUAGAAGACUGCUGUCAACUGUGGGUUUUGUUUGACAUUAAGAGAAGAAAAUAACCCCCCCACCCCACCCCCCUGACACCUUGUGCAAUAAGAUUGGUGUUCAUUUCAAUCGUGUCUGUAUAUUGACAUCUACACAAGUACUUUCUCUCUUUCUCCCUCUCUCUUUUUCUUUCUCUUGCACAUACAUAACAGUUGCACACAAGUAAACGGUCAUGCCAUUUUCUUGGCUCAUGUUGAUGACCUCAUCUCUUACGUGGACACAAUGUAGUGAUGAAAAUCUGGAAUUAUAUUUAUAGUAUUAAAUCACUUGUGGAGUAUGAUUUUGGAGACGUGUCUAUCAGCAUAUGAUAUUAGAACCGUACUCUUUGUGUAGUCCUGCGCUCGUCUGUCUAUGACUUUUGAACAUUUUUUGUGUGUGUGUGCGUGCCUGCGCGUGCACGCGUGUGUACAUGCACACGUGUGUCUCAAACACGAAGAAACAUGCAUUCGUGGGCAGGACUACAUUUUACCCAGCACACACCAGGCUAAUCGAGGAUGUUUGUGUGCCUUGCUGUGCAAUGAAUUCAAAAACAAUAAAGUAAGAGGGAAAGAAUGGAACUCUGUUUGGCGAGACAUUGAUUUAGAUACCUUUGUAUUUGCAUGUGUGGGAGUCUGUUCGUACAUGGAUAUUGUGGAACACAAGCAUACACACAUACACUCUUAUAUUUGCAGUCUUUUUUGCAGAGAGUUUCACACUUUGUAAAUACGUGCAAGCAUUUUUGUCCCUUCAGGACCUUUACGAUAUGGCUUUCCUAAAUAUGAGGAAAAGGUUUACUGCAUUACCUUUUUUCUUACUAUGUCUGUCCUUUUUACCACACUUGUCCCACCUACUCUGGGUGAUGACUCAGUUUAGAAUGUGUUUACUGCGACCACCUAUAAUAGUGUGGAACAGGGCAGUUACUUUGAUGGCCAAUUUAAAGGGGUUGCGCAUGGACAGUGGUUGUUCACCUGGGUCACCUGCUGUGUAAGAUGGGUCAAGUUUUAUGAAUUUAUGUGUCACUUGACUGUAGAACUCUAAAUUAAAAUGCAACUGAUUAAAAGUUCCAGACCUGUUACAGAUAGGUAAUGAAUAACUAGCCUGAGUCUCAUUUUGUGAAGCAUCACUUAUCAAAAAUGCAAACUGAGUAACUUGGCUUGGAGUGGAAUUGUUCCACACACUUCCCCAGAAUGCAACAAUUGUAAUUAGGCCCGUAAGGGGUGAGGACGAAGGUCAAAAUAGCCAGCAACUAGGAAACAUUGGUUUAGACCACCACUUCAUUCUUAAUAUGAAAUAACAAUUAGUACACAGAAGGGAGACUGAGUAGGUGAUCAAAUGAACUCUGCAUACAUUUAGUAACUAUAAAGCCAUUUUGGUUUUGCUUUUUCUGAGUUGGUGCCUGGCAGCAAAUUAUUGUUCUGUAAUGUCAACCAGUUUAUUUAAAAAAAAUGUCAAAGCUCAGAUGGUGUCAUGAGGGGAGAGGAGGGACGAAUGCUGAGAGGUGUUAAAUUGCUGUACAAUUUACAUUUUCAUCACUGUUGAUGUCUGUUAAAAAUGUGUGUCACCAUUGCCCUGGCUAGUCUACACAUUAUGAACACACGAAAACUUGCACUUUUUCUGACAUGUAAGACACAUGGUGCAAAUUGUCUCUUGACAAAAAAAAUUUCCUGUGCAGAGAAAUGAGUGUAAAAAUAUGUCCAUUUUG